AUGACGAAGAAAAGACAUCACCGCACACGCAAUGUAAAUGCAACACAGAAAGCAACUCACAACAAAGAUGCUGCCAGCAGCGAAGAAGACACAGACAGGCUUACCAAGCUGCCUGAUGACCUUCUGCUAAACAUUCUGGAGAGGGUGGACACGCUCGAUGCAAUAAGGGCCUGCGUCCUCUCCAAGCGAAUGAUGAAGCUCCCCACCAUGCUCUCGCACUUCUUCCUGAGCUGUAGUUCCAUUCCAGGUCACCAUGUUAGAGCUCGUGUUUUCAACGUCAGUGAAUUUGUCAGAACCAACAGUGUUGUGGCUCAUGUAACGGAUAACAUCUUGAGCACAAGGAGCCCAGAGAUCACCAUCAGCAGACUCAAAAUCAGAUUCCUCUUGGUGCAACCUGACUGUUACACAAUUGGCAAAUCUGUCGCCCAUGCCAUGGCAACACAGAAGGUUGGCGCGGCUGAGUUCCAGAUCGUAACAGACAAGACUCAUUUGAAGUGCUCUCCUGCCGAUCUCCUCGACCAUGCAAAGCAGCUCAAUGAUUUCCUCGGUGCUUGUCGUGAUGCAUUUGCUGGCCUCAGGCGCCUGUGGCUGUGCAAUAUGAGGUUUGGUGGUGAACUGGACAUACCCAACAUCCUCAGCACCUGCAAGCUCUUGGAGUCUUUGCGUUUAACCCAUUGCGACUCGGGGAUGAAUUCUGUGCUGCAACUAGAACAUGCUCAGCUUACCGAGCUCGAGGUCGACUAUGGGAAAUUUGAGAUAGUUGAGCUGACAUGUCUACCGAAACUCCGACGGGUGAGCUAUAAGAGUUGGUUCUACUCUGAGAAAGAUCCCCUGUAUUUUGGUUUUGUGCCACAGCUUUCAAAGCUGAGGCUUGCUAAAACUGGCUCCAGAUCGACUAGGACUCUUGAGUUGAGUCAGCUCCUCGGUAAUGUUCCUUCCAUAAGCGAUCUGCAUCUGGAUUUUGAAAGUGAAAAGAUUUGGGUUCUACCAGAAAGCCCGGAGCUGCUCAGGCCUGUGCUCAGCAAACUACAGCAUGUGAUUCUGGACAAACUUCCUGAAGGAUGUGAUUUAGCUUGGACAAUGUUUAUUCUUGAAGCUGCACCGUCCCUCAAAGAGCUGUGCAUCACAGUAUGGGAUCAUUGGUGCCAUAUGGUGAUGAGAGACAAAGAGUUUCGGGAGAGAAAUGGCUACUGUGAAAAGGCAGACGUGGAGUGGAAGCCACAUGCCCCUGAUUUCAAGCACAAGAAUUUGGUUAAGCUCACCAUCUACGGCUUCCAACCUGACGACAUCUUUGUGCGAUUCAUCAGGUGUGUCAGGGAACAUGCGGUUAAUAUGGCGGAGAUAUCUCUGCACGACAGGAAGGUAUGUCUGCGAUGUGGUGACUUGGAUCCCAAGAUGAAGUGCCCAUCAAGAUAUCCACGGAACGCUGAUGAGCGCAUGCAGAUCAUUGAAGAAUUGGGGAUGUCUUUGCCCGGUUUUGUUCGCUUCAUGUCGUAG